CCGAACUUCCAACCUAUAAACUCAACGAGAAGGUAAUUGGGAGUCAAAUAAUUUCAAGUCCGGUUCAGAGUUUAAGGUGUUUCGAUAGUUGUCAUUUGCCGGUCCAAAACUCCAAACCUCCCAAUUUUCUGCAACUAAUUCGAUUGCUAUUACAGUGAAUCCACUGCUGGUUUCAAUCACAAGAUGCUCCCCAGAGUGGGUUCGUUCGUCUCUAACUUUCUCUUGAUCGGCUUUGUGGUCUCUCUGUCUCUCCCUUGCAGGUCUGAUGCAACUGCAGAGAAGGAGAUGACAUUAGCAAUAAUAAAGCCAGAUGGGUUGUAUGAUAACUACACUGAUAAGAUAAAGAACGCUAUUUCGGAUUCUGGUUUUAGAAUCCUCAACGAAAGGCUCGUCCAACUUGACGAGGACGCUGCAGUGAGCUUCUAUGCCGAGCAUUCUUCGAGGAGCUUCUUUUCUGACCUAGUCAAGUACAUGACAAGUGGACCAGUAUUGAUUAUGGUAUUGGAGAAGGAAAACGCUGUUGCAGAUUGGCGCACUUUAAUUGGCCCAACUGAUGCAAGCAAAGCAAAGAUUACUCAUCCCAACAGCAUAAGAGCAAUGUGCGGGAAGGAUUUACAAAGAAACUGUGUUCAUGGGUCGGAUUCUCUUCUAUCAGCUCAACGAGAGAUCUCAUUUUUCUUCAAAGAAAAGUCUUCAGGCAGCGGAAGCAUGGAGCAUGACGAAUUGUAGUCAAUGAAAGCUCAAAAGCAGAACAACCUGUCUUAGAAAAGGCUGUUUACAUUCGAUUGUUCCACACAAUGUCCAGAAGGACAAGGACAACUCCUGUGCCAAUUCUUUAUGACAGUUAGGCCCUCUGUUACCAAUUGCUACAUCGUACAAAUCUCUUCAAUCUCGGGUUCGAUCAACUCUGCUCUUUUUCUCAUGACUUACAUAUGAUCUUAUCUAUUAAAGUUGUUAAGUAUCACAGGCCGGAUAUCACAUGGAGCUUCCUAAGCGAUGUUUUUUUUUUUUUUUUUUUUUUAUUGUUAUUCACCUCAGUUGUGUUGAAAACGUCAGUUUUCUUCCCCAUAUCUCAAUCCAGUUUCACCUUCGGGACACAGUUCGUCAGGUGAUAAUUUGCAUCCAUUGUUGUAUGCAUGUACACGAGGGGAAUGUGCUCAUGUUAAACCGUCUGAUAUGUUAAUGUUGGACUUCGAUAUAGACAAUUUAUGUAAAUGGAUUCGUAUUGGAAUGUGUGAUCCAGAUUGACAGAUUUC